AUGCCUGAGAAGAUGAGGAGGAUAGUUCAGGAUUUCCAUCUAAUGGACUUUGCUGGAUGCUCGUUGACGAUGUUGGACGCCUCCCUGUUAUUAGCUUUUGUUGAGAGGUGGCACCCGAAGACAUCAUCCUUCCAUCUUCCGUUUGGGGAGAUGACGAUGACUUUAGAUAAUGUGGACGUCCUCUUUCACAUUCCGAUUGCUAGUACGUUUUUCACACCAGUUUAUAGGGACCAAGGGACAGUGGUCCGCAUGGUUGUGGAUGCGUUGGAGGUUGAUGAGGUGGAGGUGUUGAGUGAGUUUGGUGAUACUCGGGGCUUUCACCUUAGAAUGUCUUGGUUGAGGAGGAUUUAUCAGGAGCUUGUGCAUGCAGAGAGGUACCAGGCUGCCGCUAGGGCGUACGUGCUACACCUAGUGGCAUGUACUCUCUUUGCAGACAAGUCUGGAGUUUAUGUAGAUGUUCACUAUCUUUCUCUAUUCAGCGCCCUUGACACCCCAUGUUGGGCUUGGGGAGUGGCGGCAUUGACGAUGUUGUACGCGGCGCUUGAUGCUGCAUAUCGUCCUAACACCAGACAACUUGCUGGUUAUCUGAGCUUAUUACAAUGUUGGAUCCACAAGCAUUUCCCUCGCAUCUGUGAGCAGAAGAUCCAGCGUGUUGUGGCUGCUGACUCUUGUGCGGAGAGGUGGAAGGCCCAACAGGCCAUUCCAGAUGACAAACAACAAACACGAAAACCUAGGCACUAA